CUAUUUAUUGCUACAAAUUGUCGUCCAGAAAAAAACUCACCUUUUUCUCUUCGUUUCAUUCCUAAUCAUAUUACCUUUCCUUCCAAUUCAAAAAUCUGAGAAGCUUGAGCCAUGUGCGCUUCCAACACAACGCAGUACCAGAAAUACUUAGAACUCACACCGCCUCCGGCGAAGCCAGAAAAGGAUGCACCAACUGGGAUUCCAGUCAGUUCAUCUGACCAAUACUACUCUGAUAUCCCCCACCCACAUGUUCAUAUUCAUGUUCCACCCAAGCCUAAAGUUCCUUGGUCCACUGGCCUAUUCGACUGCUUCUCAGAUGUCCGGAACUGUUGCUUAACAUGCUGGUGUCCAUGUAUUACUUUCGGACAGAUUGCUGAGAUUGUCGACAAAGGAUCAAGUUCCUGUGGACAGAGUGGAGCCCUUUACACAAUUCUAGCUUGUGUGACUUGCUGUCCAUGUUGUUAUUCGUGUUUCUAUCGAUCAAAGAUGAGGAAACAGUAUGCGCUGCAUGAAUCCCCAUGUGGGGAUUGCUGCGUUCAUUGCUUUUGCGAGUCUUGUGCCUUGUGUCAAGAAUAUCGAGAACUCAAAAUCCGUGGAUAUGAUAUGAAGAUCGGAUGGCAUGGAAACGUGGAGAAAAAUAAUACUGAUACAGGAAUUCCUCCAGUUGUUGAAGAAGGAAUGAGUAGAUAAAAAAAGCUAAGCCUUGAAUUGAGAACCAGAUUUCAACCCAGCUGUAUCGAAGUUCAUAGAAUAAUGUAUCGUAUGAAUAAAAAGUAGUAAUUAAGAUGGUUGUCCUAUUAUACUAUGAGUUGAGGGCGGUGGUGUUGCGAUAAGGUUUUAGUUUGUAUUAUAUUAUUGUGAGUUGACUAUGUUUAUAUAUUAAUUCAAACUUAGAAUUUGUGACAAAGUUGUA